UUUACCAUGAUGGGGUCGAGGAACAUCCUCAUCCCGGAGAUCCCGCGCACCAAGCACGUGGGCGGCGGGGGCGUCCACGUCACGGGGCUGGAGCAGGCCCUCUACUACAACAAGCGGCCGCUCAAUGCAGUCGCCAACAUUACUCUGGACGUUAAGGCAGCUGAGGAGGUACGGUACCUGAAGACCCACACUGACGCCAUCCACUCUGCGGAGGUCGUGCGCUUCCAAAGCCACCCGUGCCAGGUCGUUCCUAUUCCGAAGCAUCAGGUAAACCGAACUUUCGUUGUGUAUCUGGACCAGCCCGACGAAGGAGAAAACUCGAGUGCUUACUACGUUGCUGCUCGGUGCCUGGGGUUCAACGACCGCGACCUUCACGAGAACUUGAUGCUGAUGUACACCGCACCUUUCUACGGGAACCAACUCUACCUCGUUGGCUGCCCAAGCUCCCCGUUUUGCUUCACCCGCGACCCGGAGGACCUGUACCGCCCUUCGCACGACGACGUCAUCUACGCCAACAAGUAUCCCUUCAUAAAGGGAGUCAUCGUCAGGCAGUAUGCCCUGAGGGUUGAGCCGCUCUCCUUCGAGGAGCAGGUAAAUCUCGACAACAUAAACGUUUACAUGGUUCUAGAAGGAACUCAUGGAGAGAAAGACGCUAAUGAUGGCGCUACGACGAAGAAUGUUUGAUAAGAAUGUAGAUGACUGAUAAUGUCAAAAAAAUUUGUCUUUGGAUCUAGGGCUACAGGAAACGAGGAACCAAGGGUGGCUUUCAGGUACACUUCGCGUUUUUUUUCUUUUUUUCUCGGUGUUACAUAAUUAAAGAUAUUUCAGUCAUUAUGGAAAUAAUAAAUUCCCAAUUCCAUGUAUAGUACACAUAAGAGUGUAUCGCAAAUUAUCAGUGUUCCUUCUAUCGACUUUCACUAUUAUUCUUGUUAA